CGAAGAGAUUAGACCUCAUCAAACCACCGCUUAUCAGCACAUUAUUACAUCGCAAUGGUUCAACUUAUUUGCCUCGUCGCUCCUGUGCUGGCGCUUUUGUUUGGGCUCUCCUCUGCUGCAUCAACAGCCCGACCACCUCUGAUUUGCAGCCCCACACGCCAACCUGAUGGAACCGUCAUCUUUGAACUGUCCCAGUCGCCCCAGUCUUCUCAGUGCCACACGUGCUGGGAGGAAGAGGAUGGUACGGUCAUUGCCCGCGACAGUGAGUGUCUCCCAGAUCUGGUGCAGAAUCUCACAAGCAAGUCCAUCACCCUGAAAUCCUGUGGGGAGUACCUGCACUACAGAAGGGACUGCUUUGGGAUCCGGGAGGAAGCAGUCUGCAAAUUGAACUGCAGCAUCGAUGUUCCCCAGGGAAUGCACUCAACCCCUGUGAACACUACCACCUUAGAGUGGUGUCUCUCUGAGAGCUUCUGUCCAGACCCGCUGGCAUUUGGCCUCACGCUUGGUUUCAUCAUCGUCUUUGUUCUAGCUGCAUUCUCCCUGGGUGUGUGCAAGUGGAAGAGGAACUUCAAACGUCGCCAACAAGAUGCAGCCCAGAGGGCAGUCGAGAAUGAAGAUGAGAGAGAGGAGGCGAUAGAGUUAUGUACUCAGUACAAAGAGGAAAACACGGUAAAAAUUCAGAGGACAGCUGGCAUAGGGUUACAGCAAGAUUAGAGCGGCCCUUUAUCAAAUUAAUGAAUGUUUGGUAUCAGUGGUGUUGUGGCCCAUGCAGAAAGGGGGUUAAAAUCUAUGGAGACAAAAAAAAGUGGGUAUGCCCGUGUAUACCCUGCACCACACCACUGUUUAGGAGCCAUCUGAGUAUUGAUAAUUUUCAAAAAACGUAUUAUUACCUGAGAAUGAAUGUAUUUUUAAAAUUCCCGAUGAGAUUCAAACACAAAUCAUAGGCCAUCAGAUAGCACAGAGAAAAAAAGGAAAUGUUCAAGAUGGAAUAUACAUGUGAUGAAUGGUUUAGGUUAGAUCAACAUUUCUGAUCAAAUAAAACACUUUCAUUGGGUUUAACAGCUUACAUCGUGUCCUGACAGCAUACAUCAGAACGUCAGAUAUCACAUCAGAAACUCACGGCCAAAACUGCGUCUGUUAAGUUCUUUUACUUUUAGUGUUGAGAAACAGUCGUUUAGUUCUUGGAACGAGAAUUUGAUGGCAGUGAGCCAAAAAAAUGAAGUUUUUGUCAUCUCAAGUGAGAGGUUAACUUUUUAAACAUAGAUAUGAAAGGAAAAGUGGCUGGAACAGUGGCAACACCCACCCUCACAGCUUCUAAAACAUUCCGUUCUUGUCUUUGAGGAUGAUGUAAUCCUUUGAAACCUUUUAUAAGCUUUAAAGCAAUGAUGUCAUCCUCAAAGAUUCUAAAACAUUCCAACAUUGCCUUUGAAGAUGACAUCAUCUCUUUAAAACCUUUAAUAGGCAUUAAAGCAAUGAUGUCAUCCUCAAAGAUUCUAAAACAUUCCGUCCUUGCCUUUGAAGAUGACAUCGUCUCUAGAGCCUUUGAUAGGCUCUGAAAGGAUGAUGUCAUCCUUGAAGAUUCUUUAACAUUUCAUCCUUGCCUUUUGAACGCAGGCCAGUUUAGACUCAACCAGUCUCCACAUACAAACACUCCAGUAACUACAGCUUUUUUCACUUCCACACUGGUGUCAGUUUUCAACCGUGGAGGUUUCAGAUUGGUAAAAACUUUCUGCUUUAUGCUGCAUCACUCAUUGUCUGAUUGUAACGCUGUCAAAGGAAGAAGAAGAAUUUAGCUGAUUUUUUCGCUGACUCUGGUGUCAGAUGCUGUUGGGACACGCUGGCAGAGAACACCUCAUCAAUAAAGUAAAAAAUAGUUUUCUAUAAAGACAUAGCCCCAUAUAGUUCUUUUUCACAGUUCAUUUCUAUGUUCCCUUUAACUGAUAGGACUGAUACCUGUUUUAUCUGCCCAUUUAUCAGUCUGAAGAUAUGAUUUUUCUCAAAUAACACUCAGGGAUUUUUUAAUGUGGUAAAAAAAAAAAAUAAAUCGAGUGAGGCCUUUUCAACCCAGGUGGCAGCCCUACUAUCCACCCAUUUGGGGUUUGAUCCCCAGCUCCUGCGGUCACAUGUCAAUAGCUGGGUUUCCAUUACACUUGUAAAUGCGCAAAAUCGAAAUAGCGCAAUAAAAAACUGGUAAUGGAAACACCUGAAUUUCAA